UGAACUGAAAAUAACCCAAUGCACACCUAUAUAGAGCACGGUGAUGCGAAGUCUUUUUAUAUUUUGGACGGUUUCCAUCUUCGCAUAUGAGGAUUACCGAGCGACGUCAGUUGCAGCCAUUCGUGUUAAUGAUGGCUCCAUAAUACAUACUAAACAAGCUUUUAUAGGUAUCAGUACUACAUUUCCAGUUGUCUAUAGACUCCAUAUCGCUCCUUUAUUCGCCCGGAGGGCGCAUAAACUCAAGCUUACGGCUGGUGGCAAAUUUAGAAUCAAGCCAAAAACCAACAAGGCGGUGUCUAAACGCUUCAAGAUAACUGCAACGGGAAAGCUAAUCUACAAGCGUGCGGGUAAAAGCCAUUUACAGAGGAAGAAGACUCACGGUGCCAAGCGGCGGUUAAAACGCUCCGUGCAGCUGAAGAACCCGAGACUCAUACGCAAAAUACUCAGCGUAUUACAUAACAGAUGAUUUAAUUUUGGUACA